AUGCCCCGCCGCCAACCUCUUUUUGGGUCCUUGAAUAGAGCAAAAGCGACAGAGAAGGUCCAACGAGGACAUCAUAUGUGUCGGUCUCUCUAUCCGUACCUCGCUUUGCCUACCUUGCCUUUCUUCUCGAUACCUAUCCAUCCUCCUCUCUUUAUCAUACCUCAGCCUCCCUCAUCUAUCUCCCUCCCCUUAAACGUCGCAUCCACCCUCGCAUAUUCUCUUCUUUCCUCUCUCAUCGCUCUCACUCACUCACUCACUCUCUUCUCGCCCCACCACUCUCCGUACCCUCCUCUCUCUAUCUCACUCUCUCUAUUUCACCAUCCGUCUCUCCUCUCCCUGCUCCUCUGCUCAGCAUUGGACAUUGGACUCACAAGCCAGUAA